AUGGAUGAUUUACCUCGUACGUAUGAUGCCAUCGUGUUUGGAACAGGCAUGACAGAGUCAAUAAUCGCUGCAGCAUUAAGCAGAAUUGGUAAAAGGGUUUUGCACUUAGACUGUAAUGAUUAUUAUGGAGAAAAUUGGGCAUCAUUUAGUUUGGAAAGUAUUGAAAACUGGGCAGAGUCUCCACAUAAAAAUAAUUUAAAAGACAAUUUACUUGAUAGUUGCCCUAAGGAACUAAUAAAUGAUAAUGAGAAUUUUAUAAGUUUAGAAUAUGUAUCUAAUGUAUUGAAUAUUAAAAAAAAUGAAUUCGUUUCUGAAGAAAUACUUAAAUAUUCAGAGGAAAAUAAUUCUAAUGAAACUCAAAAUUGUGAAGAGCUCUCAAAUAACUUAUCAAACGAUUCCAACUUAAACUCAUGUGAAUUAUUUGAAAAAAUGAAAAAACAAAAUAAACGGUUUAAUUUAGAUUUAUGUCCUAAGUUAUUGUUUUCUAAAGGAGUUAUGGUUGAUUUAUUAAUUUCAUCUAACAUAUCAAAGUAUGCUGAAUUUAAGUGCUUGAAGAAGGUUUUGACAUGGAGAAAUAACAAAUUAGAAUUAGUACCUUGUUCAAGAGCUGAUGUAUUUGCUACAAAAAAUGUUUCUGUCGUUCAAAAAAGGUUGUUGGUUAAAAUGUUAACACUAUUUGCUUCUUACCCUGAAAGCUCUGAAGAAUUUAAAGAUUUUGAAAAUAAAAGUUUUUUCGACUAUUUAAACCAUAAAAAACUUCCGGAAAAUUUGAUACAUUAUAUUCUUUACGCCAUAGCAAUGGGAGAUAAAAAAACACUUUGUUUAAAUGGAGUUAAAGCUUGUAAAGCAUUUUUGGAAUCCCUUGGUAGAUAUGGAAACACUCCUUUUAUUUUUCCACUGUAUGGUUCUGGAGAAUUGCCUCAAUGUUUUUGUAGAUUAUGCGCCGUUUUUGGUGGUAUUUAUUGUUUGCAUAGAAAUAUUGAAGGUUUUAUUGAAAAAAAUGAUAAGUUGAUAGGAGUCAUUUCCAAUGGUGUUCGAUUAGAAGCAGAAAUUUUUAUUUUACCUUCUUCAUUUUUUUUUAAAAAGUAUUCUACCGUUGAUAACUCUUUAAAUACAAGUAGAGGAAUUUUAAUUACAGAUAGAUCCAUUUUAAAAAAUACUCAUAAUUCAUUAACACUUCUGCAGUUUCCUCCUGUUCCUGAUUCAUCUGACAAAUCGGUCACUGUUUUAGAAUUGGAUUCGAGUGCUAAUGUUUGUCCAGAGAACUUUUUUGUUGUUCACUUGACUACUAAAGCAUCUAAAGAAGCUUCAUGCGAUUUAAAACAUGUUAUUCAUUCUUUAUUUAAUAGGAAAGAGGAUGAUACAGAUUUUAUUCAACCAAAAAUUCUUUGGUCUUUGACUUGGAAUACUUGUAAUCAAGGAAAGAAAGAAAAUUUGUUACCAUUUUCUAAUGUAAAAGUGUGUUCUAGUGUUGAUUCGGAAUUUGAUUAUAAUUCGAGUAUAAGUGAAGCGAAAAAAAUAUUUUUUGAAUUAUAUCCAAAUGAAGAUUUUUUACCCAGAGCUCCGGAUCCAGAAGAAAUUGUUCUUGAUUCAGAAAGCAAUUGA